AGAAAAUUUGCAAAAGGUGGAGUACCUGAAGCUAGUAAUCAAAGAGACGACACGUACGAUUGCACCCGCCAGUCCCGUUGCUGCCUCCAAGGCAACUUAUGCAAGACGCGACGCGACCAUAAUGGGUUACGAUGUAUCGGCUGGAACCAUGAUCCUAACCAAUGCGUGGGGGAUCGGAAGGGACCCGCAUAUUGGGGGGAAUCGCCGGAAGAAUUCCUGCCCGAGCAAUUUCUCCAAACCAAAGUGGACUUCAUAGGCCAAGAUUUCGAGUUGAUACCUUUUGGAGCUGGAAGGCGACGCUGUCCGGGGAUUUCUUUCGGCCUGGCAGUGGUGGAGGUGGCGCUGGCGAACCUAGUGAGGGACUUUGAUUGGAGGCUGCCCGGUGGAAUGAGAUUGGAGAUGACUGAAUGCGUUGGUCUUACAGCCCGCCGAGACGUCCCUCUUCUCGCCAUACCCACCAUCGUCUCCGCCGGCCAACUUGAUUAG